CGCCCAUUGCCGUCGUAUGGAAGAACGCGAACGUUUCACUCGAAUUUUUACUAGAUCUAACGUUACCCUAACUUGUCGAGUCAGAAGGUGUUUGCCGUCAAUAACUGUUAAUUUUUGCUACUGGUUUAUUCAAACUACCUGAAAGAAUUAUGCAGUCAUGUCACACGUGUACAUCAGCCGACGUCGUGUUUUGAUCGGACUCGUUGUUUUUGGAGCACUGUUUGUCGCUACACAGGUUUGCCUUUUUAGCAUGCUUCGAUGGGCAGGGCAUUCAUUGAGCUUGAGCAGCGUAUGGGGAGGACAAGCCCACAAACAUCCAAGAAAAAUCUCUCCAUAUAGAGCAACAAAGGUUUUCUCCUCUGCCUCAGCAAAGUUCAGUGUUCCCGUGUUUUUGAUUGAGCCUGAAUGUCUGACAAACAUCUCGCUCCUGCGGACAGCGGAAAUGAACAAAAUAUACCCAGGGCAAUGUAAAUACUUGUGUGGCCCGCGCAACGUAACAACAUUUGGGAUUCUGGAUUCACGCUUGAUAUCAAAAGAAUUCUUUUCGUUCUUGGAGGAGAUACUCAAGAUGAAAUGGAUAAUACUGUACGGCAAAGAUCCCCGUCACCUCCCGAUGGACCAUCGGGACACACCAGAGAUUCCCCUGCACUAUCUGUUUGAUUAUUCGGGCCAAUUCAUCCACCUGGUGGUCUUCUAUGAGCGAAGCAACAGCUAUCUGUGGCACGGGGCGGUCCAACUCGACCCAACGCGGCCUGGACGGAUGUGGCCACCAUUGUCAUGCUUUGAAAAUGUCGACCUCAGGAAACUAAAGUUUGGCGGGACCUAUGCGGGGGCUUAUGAUAAAAUGGAGUUUACAACCACACAAGCCGACAGACUGAACCUUCUCGUCCCGAAGCACAUAGACCGCUUCUUGGAUCAGAUCCCCUUCUCCCGACACAUUGAGUGCAACUACGGGCAAGUGAGGGUCUUCCGGGCGGCCUACGGACGAGACGAGAGCCCGGAGGCACAGGCUUUCCGCCAGGCAGCCAGAGAUCUCUUGGAGAAGGGCAAGCAAGUGCUGGACGAGUUGGGGAUACGAUUCUGGCUGAGCAGUGGCACAUGCUUAGGGUGGUUCCGUGAGUGUGACAUAAUUGCACACAGCCAAGAUGUGGAUUUUGGCAUAUGGAUAAAGGACUACAAGAGCCACGUUAUAAAGGAGUUGGACUCUAGAGGGCUCACUCUCAAACACCAGUUUGGGAGGAUAUCUGACAGUUUUGAAUUGUCAUUCAUGGACGACAGCAUCAAGCUGGACAUCUUUUUCUUCUACGACGAAAGAGACCACAUGUGGAACGGCGGCACGGAAGUACGCACAGGAAACAAAUUCAAAUACAUCUUCCCCAAGUUCACGCUCUGCUGGACAGAGCUGCUCGGACUGAAGGUGAGGGUCCCAUGCAACACCAGGCAAUACAUCGAAGCCAACUAUGGCCAAGAAUGGAACCAGAAAGUGACCACUUGGGACUGGAAGACCAGCCCUCCAAAUGUCCGACCGAACGGCCGAUGGAAUCGGGACGAAUGGACAGAGGUCAUACAAAUGUUCUAGAUCCACUGGUAAUGGACCCUUCCAGUGCCACAUCUGGGUCUUGGGUGGGGAGGGUACAAAAUGGAAAUUUUUUUGCAGUAGCUACUGUCCAAUUUUUGUCACCUGUAAAAGAAUCCUACCUCCUGCCCCAGGUCAGGUUGAAAUAUCAUUUCUAAAAUGGCUGUCAUUUCCUUUAAAAAAUCUAUAAAUUGUUGGGGAGGGGAGGAGUUCCCCCCCCACCUGGAUACAUCACUAGACCCCCUAACAUUAACACUCAUUACACAACCUGUCAAUUUUUUUGGUGGGCCAUUGAUCACUUGUCAUGAAUUACUCGGUACAGUUUAUGUUUCUAUCACUGUGGAUUGUAGACUCACCCACUUAUAAUAUAUCUGUGCAUUUUGACGGAUUUGUACAUUGGGUGAACAUUUGUUGACAACUCAAAUGCUACAUUGAUUCAGUUUUGGUGAGAUUAUGCCAGAAAUAGUUGUAUUUCCUCGGAUAUGUUGCCCUCAAGAUGUUUUCGCUGCGUUCAGAAUAGUGUCACCUGAAGUGCCAUAAUUCCAUAGUUCAGGAAUUGGAAUCAUAUGCAAUUUAAUUUCCAAGAUUUCAGUUUAACAUCUAACCCCCCCCCUCAUUUUUGUACUGUCUAAAAUUAUAUUAGGUGCAUAGUUGAACCCACAAGAAGGACGUAAGCCGUGUCCAAAAUGGACUUAGAGUGCUAGGGCUAUGUCUAUUACUGUAAUGAGCAGACAUAUAUGCACUAAGACUAAGAAUAGAUUCAGAUAUAGCCAGAGGUCAGCCAGAAAUGAUUAAAUUUCAGUAAUGGAAUCAUGCAAUGAAAUUUCAGGUACUGCUGUGUACAGGUAAAAGAAAAUCAGAUCUAAAAUUAAGGUGGACAGGGUGAGCGGUGUGACUGUAACUAACGUAAACAAUACAACACAUUACAAUGUUGGGGUCAGCAUACAAUACACGUUAUGAUACGGACCGUCAACUUGAGUUGUUGAAAUCAUGGCGGCUGUCUGAUAUUGUGUACAUUAAAUCAUUCUUUGUAAAUGUGUUCAGAAACUGUCCACAAGUUGUAAAUGUGCAUUGCGUUCUCAUGUUUUCAGAUUGCAGCAGUGUUGUAGGUAAUUACUUGUUCUCAGCAUCCACUGUGGAGGGACGAAAUCAAGGGAUGAAAUAUUUUCACAUUUUUCAAGACAUGUUGCCAAAAAAUUCAGCCUACUGUUACUUGAAUAGUUGGAGCUUGAUGUCCGUUCAUUCACAGCCAACAUGCAUGAUACAGAUUUUCGUAUCACGAUGCUCCAUUGCGGCUCUCUUGCAACAUGAUCAGCGAUACAUUGGUGUAAAAUGAAAGGAAAUAUUUUGAGUGAACAUUACUUUGUAAAAACUGAAAAUAAAUAGUUUUAUUGCUGGAUUUCAAAGGCCGUCCCUUUUUUUAUAUACAUGUAUGUGAAAAAUUGUCCUGAUCCAUGAUUAAACUACAAUUAUUUAUAUCAUUUAAUAUUAAAAUUGAUUGAGCCUACCUCACUUUUCUUCAAGGAAA